AUGGUCUCCCACACUCCGUCCUCGUCGGACCGCCCAUCGAAUAGCAGAUCAGGAUCUGGUGGGAAUGGCAGGGCGGAGAGGACGCCCGGCACACCGAGGAAGGAUGGUGGAGCUGGGAAGGACAAAGCUGUGCAAGAGCCCGGGCUCAAGGAUUAUCGGCUCGGGGAGUGUCUAGGAAAAGGUGCUUUCGGGUCGGUGUACAAGGCGUUCAACUGGGGCACAGGGGAAGCGGUGGCAGUCAAGCAGAUUAAGCUUGGAGAUCUGCCAAAAAGCGAAUUGCGGAUGAUCGAGGCCGAAAUUGACCUGCUGAAGAACCUAAACCACGAUAAUAUAGUCAAAUAUCUUGGGUAUUGCGAAAACGGUUCCUUACAUUCAAUAUGCAAGAGCUAUGGCAAGUUUCCCGAAAACCUCGUCGGUGUUUAUAUGGGCCAGAUAUUGCUCGGACUCCAAUAUCUCCACGACCAAGGUGUCAUCCACCGCGAUAUCAAAGGGGCGAAUAUCCUCACAACGAAGGAUGGAAAGGUCAAACUCGCAGAUUUCGGCGUGUCAACGAGCACACUGGCUGGGGCCGAUAAAGAAGCACAAGUUGUUGGAACUCCUUAUUGGAUGGCUCCGGAAAUCAUACAACUAUCUGGAGCAACUCCUGCAUCUGAUAUCUGGAGUUUAGGUUGCACUGUCAUCGAGUUACUGGAAGGGAAGCCGCCAUAUCAUAAAUUGGCCCCCAUGCCAGCACUCUUUGCCAUCGUCAACGAUGAUCACCCGCCUUUGCCCGAGGGUGUUUCGCCGGCUGCUCGUGAUUUUCUCAUGCAAUGCUUUCAGAAGGACCCCAACCUUAGAGUUUCUGCUCGUAAAUUGCUAAAGCAUGCCUGGAUAGUGGGCUCUCGACGCACCGAUGCUCCCAUUGCAAAGCCACCCACAAAUUUCAGCGAGGCUGUUGAAGAAGUAAAGCAAUGGAACGAGGCGCUGAGGUCACCCACUGGGCCUGGGUCUUUCCGUACUUCGAUAAAAUCAAACAUGACUAGCCCCAUUCCCGCUCGACGGGAUCCUCCUCUACGAAACGUGCACAAUGAUCAGCAAGGAACAGCAUUGAUCACGCCUGCAAAAGGCCCACUUUCAAUAGCUAAACCGAAGCAUUCAGCAGAAGCAUUUCGGUCACCAGAAAGCAUAGGUGAUGACAAUUGGGACGAUGAUUUCACCUCCUCGAUAUCACCUAGUGCCCUUCAUCUUCCUCAGUUUAAGCCUCAUGACAAUUUCGGUGGCCUACUUUCAGCUGAUCGCUUAAAGGCAUUUGCCUCGUUUGACAUGCAAAAUGAGGACAGUGACAAUUGGGACAGCAAUUUCAAAGGAGAUCUUUCAACCCUCAGAGGACCCCACAGGUCUAUAGAGGUGGACACUCAUGAGCUUGAAACUAUUCGUCCUUAUCGGGUCAAGCCCACCGUGGUGACACAAGACAUCAAACCUCCAACUACAAGUAAACAUGGCUCGAGAAAGACAUCAGUUAGCGCUCCGCCUCGGCCAAAAUCCCCUAUCAAGGUUCAAGCGGACGAGAAGCUCGUUCUUCCUAUAAGGCCCGGUGCUAUAUAUCGAGAGCAGUCGGUGGAAGACUAUUCCGAUAUUUUUAUGGAAAAUGACAGCAUCUUUGAUCGCCGACUUAGCAUAAUUAAGGAUGAUGCACUCUCUCCCAAGUUAUUUCAUCCGUCAGAUCUCACAAGCCUACCUCGUUCUGCUCAAUCGCCCGUUACGAAUGUCCACGGAAGCAUGCGGAGGAAGCCCAUCUCUCGUAGGGAAGAUCCAUCUAUGCGGAGAACAAGGUCGUCGGUAGAGAUCCAAAGAUAUGCUGAGGACGAAGAUGACGAAGACUUUUCCGACAUCUUCGGCAAGGAUGAUGCCACUGUAGAAAGAUAUGAGAGCGACCGUGGCUCUGAAGAUGGAGUUGGAGCUCUUAUGCUACAUUCUAAACUAUCUAACAACUCUUGGCUCGGUGAUGAGGAUGACGAAGAUGACCCAUUUGCCUCGUUGGAGCAAGGAUUUGAUGAGAUGGACCUACAAGCCAAUAUAGCUCGAGACAAGCACGCAAGGCUAUGCACUAUGGUUGAGGGCCUAGUAAGCUCUCUGAAGGUGACAGAAGAUCCAGAUACCCUUUCGGAUCUGUCAGAACAGCUUCUUGAUAUUCUCUUUGAGUCCGAAGAUGCAAAAGGUCUCAUCAUCAGCGCCCAUGGGAUGUUACCUAUUCUUGAGAUAUUGGAGCCUUGUACUGUAAAAAGCCGCCAAAGCAUGAUAUUGCGGCUUCUGAAGGUUGUCAAUACUAUCAUCCUCAAUGAUGUUGAGAUUCAGGAGAAUCUGUGCUUCGUCGGUGGGAUUCCAAUUAUUACCAAGUUUGCCGCCAGACAAUACUCGACCGAGAUCCGCCUCGAAGCCGCCGCCUUUGUCCGACAAAUGUAUCAAACGUCAACAUUGACUCUGCAGAUGUUUGUUAGUGCUGGUGGAUUGAAUGUCCUUGUAGAAUUCCUAGAUGAAGAUUAUGAUGAAGCCAAAGAUUUGGUGCUUAUUGGUGUCAACGGAAUCUGGAACGUAUUUGAGCUUCAGGGCCCGACACCAAAGAACGACUUCUGUCGAAUCUUCUCUAGGAGCAAAAUUCUAUCCCCGCUGGCGUUGGUUCUUGAUCGUGUCCUGGAUGAAGAGGAUGAGCUUUCCGAGCUGGUCGAAGGGCGCAUAGUCAACAUAUUUUACCUCUUCUCGCAGGCGGAAAACUAUGUGAAAGAGGUCGUUGCAGACCGUGUUGUGCUCAAACGUGUGCUCAAAGACUUGCGUCGCAUGAGUCCCUCUCACCAAAUUACCAUGUUGAAAUUCAUUAAAAACUUAUCAAUGCUGUCAACCACACUCGAUAGUCUUCACGCAGCCAACGCUAUUGAGCUCUUGAUAGAUCUAUUGAGUUCCAGUAUGAAGAAAGCAUCUGGUUACUUCCGCGAAAUAUCUAAUCAGGUACUGAAUACCAUGUUUAAUUUGUGCCGACUCAGCAAAGCACGGCAGGAAGAUGCCGCGAUCAAUGGCAUCAUUCCACUGCUACUCAAGACCAUGAAGACAGAUCGGCCACCGAAAGAAUUUGCCCUUCCGAUUCUAUGUGACAUGGCACAUUCCGGCAAGCUUGGAAGAAAAUAUCUAUGGCAAAAUAAGGGUUUGCAGUUUUAUGUCUCGCUAUUAGAUGAUCAGUAUUGGCAAGUGACGGCCCUCGACGCCAUAUUUAUAUGGCUCCAAGAAGAGACUGCCAAGGUUGAGAAAUCAUUGCUAGAAGGUGACUUCAUAGAAGCAAUAGUCCAAUGCUUCAAUGCUCCAAGGGCCAGUGCCUUUGACUAUAAUCUUCUCGAGCCAUUGCAAAAGCUUUUAAGGCUAAGCUCGCCGGUGGCGGCAUCGUUAGCGCGGGCUGACCUCUACUCUGGUAUUCUUCAGAAGCUCAAUCACAAGAAAGCCGUGGUACGGCUAAACCUGUUGCGAAUCGUGCGCAGCAUUUGCGAUCUGAGUGAUGAACAAUCUGGCAGCAUACGAGACCACAAGUUGUUUGAAGCGAUCGAACAUCUAGCUGAGAAUGAUUCGGCAGUGCUGGUGCGGAAUAUGGCCAACGAUCUCGUUAGAUCAAGCCUUGAAAAGGAGCGAGAGAGCGGCAGUGGUGGUCGGUCCAGACCAGUUGGGGCUGUGAGACGGAAAAACUCGUUCACACCGCCUUUGUUACAGCACAGUGCAUCGACUCCGAUGACACCAACGCAUGGGAGCCGUAUAUCUCAGUCACCGGCUUUCAUGAACGGUAGUCUCACACCGAGAAGAAUCGCGGCUACUUCUUACAGUAACGGCGAUUCAAUAUUGUACCGACCACGAAGUAGAGACGGCGCGACGCCUCAAAUCCCUCGACGGGUCAGUGGUGAGCAUGCAGCAAAUGGUACUUCAUCCGUGAGCAAAAGUCGCCUCCCAAGAACGUCGAUGCUCCGGUCAUCGCGGGCGUCUCUUGCUGCACCUUUACCUCGAGAUGAGCCCACAUUCCCUAAGAGAGAAAAUGGUGUGAAAUUGCGGGAGCGGACGCGCUCAACAGCUUCAAAUUCGCCUGCUCCAGGAGGCACGGCGCCACAGCUGAACUCGAAACGGAGGGGCAGGGUGCCGAGCGGUGACAUAAAGUGGUCAUGA